CCAUACCCAACUUCGCUAGCCAAGGGUGUUCAAUACGAUACUCUCCUAUUCACCCUUGGCGGAUCUCACGACAAAACCGAAGUUCCCGCACUGCGCCACCUGCUGGAUAAUCACAGUUGCGUCCCUUUCAUUUACGUAACGCCCGACCAAUCAAAAUGCUCGUACUAUUGAACAAUGAACUGAGAAAAUGGCCGCGCCCUUUCAGCAACAAGAAAUUGUGUGCAACAAAUUUAAAAUACAACAGCUUAGGUCGACACAGAUACGAGCAAUCAGUUCAGUUAAUGAAGGGAAAGACGUUUUUGUCGGGACAAGAACUGGGAGCGGAAAAUCGUUGGCUUAUGAAAGUUAUCCACUGUUAAACGAAGGGAAAAUUGUGCUUGUGGUUGCGCCUCUUGUUAGUAUCAUGGACGAACAGUGUCGUCGUCUCAAUGAACUAGGAUUUAAGGCCACGUAUAUCGGCAAGAGCAACGGCGACAACGAUGCUAUUUUAGCUGGACAUUUUGAUUUCAUAUUUGGCAGCGCGGAACAGUUAGUGGAAGACACAACAUGGCGAGCUAUGCUAACAACUGAACCCUACCAAAGCAAACUUGGUCUUAUAGUUGUAGAUGAAGCACAUACCGUAAUAAAGUGGGGCCAAGGUACAGACAAGGAAGGACCUUUUCGAGGUAGUUUCUCGAGGAUUGGAGAAUUAAGGUCCCUGUGCAACAAGGUUCAGAUCCUUGCUCUGACUGCAACUGCAGGACCAACAGAAAGAAGAAGAAUCAUGAAGAGUCUAUGCUUCAGAUCAGAAUCAGACAUUGUUGUCGAUUCUCCAGACAGACCGAACAUAAAGAUCACCACCAUCUGUAUCCCUAACAAUGAUGAUCUUUCAAAUGUGUUCAAAUUCUUGAUUGAUGACUUUCAAAGAAAAACAAUAGCGUUUCCCAGGCAUGUGAUCUUUUGUGAAAGCAUAGCAAAUGUUUCUAAGGUGUAUUUAACUUUUCUUAAACAUGUUGGACAGCUGCGUAAUCAUUUUGAAAUGUACCACAGCAAAACAAAUGAUAAAAUCAAGGAACAAAUUAGAAAAGACAUGUCAGAAAGUGGUAAUAUCAGAGUUCUGAUUUGUACGAAUUCGGCUGGUAUGGGGGUGAAUUUUCAUGAUGUGAACAACAUUAUCCACUAUGGCUUGCCAAGAGAAAUGGACACUUUUGUGCAGCAAAUGGGUCGAGCUGGUCGCGAUGGAGGAUACAGCAAUGAACUUGUUUUGUAUAAGCUGCACAAAGGACAUCUAGGUAGAGUGGAGGGUGAACUAGUAAAACUUGUAAAAGAUGAUGUCACAUGCAGGCAUAAAACACUGUGUGAUUCAUACGUGACUGCACAUGCACCUAUUACACCUAAACAUAAAUGUUGUGAUGUUUGUGAGAAACAAUGCGAUUGUGGUGAGGAAUCCUGCCCCGACAUCCAUAAAGUGUUCACAGUUCAUGACGAUAUCGAGGAUGAAGAUGUUGAAAUGGAGAGAGAUGUGACAGAUGAAGACAAGAAAAUACUGAAACAUAAACUUUCUGUGUUAAAGUAUUCACUUGAAUCGGAUCUAAGCAACAUUGUGAUGAAAUCAGAAAUACUGCAUGGAAUAACUGACCAGGUCAUUGAAGACGUUGUGUCAAGCUGUCAUAAAAUUUUUACAACAUCUGACGUUUUGAAAAUGUUUCCAGUUUGGUCGUUUGAAGUCGCUGUGGAGAUUAUGACAGUUAUAAAUACUGUAACUGGUGACACCGAGAUGUACAAUAUGCUCUCGAUGAGUGAUGAAGUUUCAGAUGAUGAUGCUGAUUAGUGAGACUUUUGUCAUAGUACUUGUUUUUAUAAUAUGUACAAAGCAUCAAGAAAAUUCAUUUGUUCUACUUUUUUUCUGUACACAGUCGGGAGUCAUAUUAUGGCAAAAUAUAAAUUGUAUAUUACUAGUCGUCACAGCAUUUAUUUGUAAAUUGUUGAAAAAAGAACAAAUUUUAAUUAUAAUGAAUUGCAAAACAACAGGACUUGCUUCCAACACUACAUUUUAUUAUCGGUUAAAUCGACAACAGAAUUUAUGUGUUGUUGCAUUGGAAAUGUAUGGAUACAAGUUUAGACAAUGGUAGAAAGUUGGAAAUUCUUACAAAAAAAAAAGUAUUAAUCUUGACAAAGUAUGAAUGUAAGUGAAUGAUUCAUUACUUUAUAAUUCUACCUGUUGUUUUAAUAUAAUUUUACCUUUAAUUACAAUUUCAUGUAAUUGGACCAGAAAUAGACAAUCAUGCAACAUGACUCAAGAUUAUAUGUACAAACUAUAUGAGACUGAGUACAAAGUAUUACCUGUAAUUUGGAUUAUCUUAUAUAUGGCCAGUAUAUAUUUGUCUGCAUUAAAUAUAUUACAUGAAGUAUA